AUGGGGCAAUCCAUGGUAACCCCCCUGAGUCUCACCCUCGACCAUUGGCAGGACGUCCGAAACCGUGCCAGCAACUUAUCGGUCAAGGUCAAAAAGAAGAAGUGGGUAACCCUCUGCACUUCUGAAUGGCCAACCUUCAACGUAGGCUGGCCCAAAGAAGGGUCCUUUAAUCCCGAUCUUGUUUCACAGGUCAAAUCCCACAUCUUCACUCCAGGCCCUAAAGGACAUCUUGACCAAGUUCCAUACAUCGUGACUUGGGAAAACCUGGUUUUUGACCCGCCACCAUGGGUCACCCCCUUUGCUACCCCAAAACCCCUCCUCUCUUCCCUUCCUAACGAACCCUCCCUUCCUCCUACCACUCCCGCUCCUUUUAUUCCUGUCCCUCCUCAGACCACCCAAACCUCUAGACUAUAUCCUAUACUGGAUAAAUCCAAGCCCUCCGCUCCUCCUAAGUCGAAACCUCGGACUGUCCUUCCACCCAAGGAAAAUACCUUAAUAGAUCUACUAGCAGAAGAACCCCCACCUUACCCUCCUCAACCUCUCCCCGACACCAACCCUCAUCCGGAUUCCUCCGAGGAGGAUGAGGAACCCCCAAUUGCCGGAAUCCUCCCAGACCCCUCUCCAAUGGUGGGAAGACUCCGAGGGCGCAAGGAGCCUACAACUUCUAGGGAAACCUCAAAGAUUUUCCCCUUAAGACAGACUGGAGGCCCUAAUGGUCAAUAUCAAUACUGGCCUUUCUCUGCCUCCGACCUUUAUAACUGGAAAACCCAUAACCCUUCCUUCUCGAGUGACCCUGUAGCCUUAACCUCUUUAAUUGAGUCCAUUCUAGUGACCCACCAACCAACCUGGGAUGACUGCCAGCAGCUUCUCCAAACUCUCCUCACAUCCGAGGAAAGACAAAAAGUCUUAUUAGAAGCCCGUAAAAAUGUUCCUGGGGACAAUGGGCAUCCCACACAGCUCCCCAAUCUGAUUAAUGAGGCUUUUCCCUUGACAUGGCCUGAUUGGGAUUACAAUACUGAUGAAGGUAGGAACCACCUACGUCUCUAUCGCCAGUUACUCAUAGCGGGUCUCCAUGGGGCCGGACGAAGGCCCACCAAUUUGGCUCAGGUAAGGCAAACUGUUCAGAGGGCGGACGAAACCCCUACUGCAUUUCUAGAAAGAUUGAAGGAGGCAUAUCGAAGUUUUACUCCUUUCGACCCAGAUAGUGAGGAACAGAAAGGCAAUGUCUCUAUGGCAUUCAUUUGGCAAUCUGCCCCUGACAUUAGAAGCAAGCUACAAAGGUUGGAUAAUCUGCAGGAUUUCUCCCUGGCAGAUUUGUUAAAGGAAGCAGAAAAGAUUUACAAUAAGAGGGAAACUCCAGAAGAAAAAGAAGAGAGGAUUAGGAAAGUGCAGGAAGAAAGAGAUAUAAGAUACCGAGAGGAAUUAGAUAAGAGGGAUCAAAAGCGUAAUAAAGAAAUAAGUAAAGUACUGGCCGCAAUAGCUCAGACAGGGUCAAAAGGGACUAAACCAGAAAGAGAAAGGGGACGAAGCAGGCCCCAAGUGGAACACGACCAAUACGCCUACUGUAAGGAAAAAGGACAUUGGGCAAAAGACUGUCCAAGAAAUCCCAAAAGGCUCCCUGACUCAAGGAGGUACCCCAACAAAACCCCUCAACUACUAACUUUGGAUGAUGAUGAUUAGGGACGUCAGGGCCAGGAGCUCCCCCCUGAGCCCCGGAUAACUCUACAAGUGGGGGAGCAACCGCUAACCUUCCUAGUGGACACAGGAGCCCAACAUUUAGUGCUGACGCAGGACCCCGGACUCCUAAGUGGAAGGACGACAUGGGUCCAGGGGGCCACCGGAUGCAAACCGUAUCGAUGGACCACUAAAAGAGAAGUCCACCUUGCCUCAGGUAAGGUCUCCCACUCAUUCCUGCAUGUGCCCGACUGUCCAUACCCAUUACUAGGAAGAGACUUACUAACCAAACUAAAAGCUCAGAUUUGUUUUGAGAAUGGAAGGGCCUCCAUAAGUGGGCCCAACGGGGUGCCUCUCCAUAUAUUGACUUUUAACUUGGAAGAUGAAUAUAGACUAUUUGACCAACUCCCCGAACUUGGCAAAGAUAUGGACUAUUGGCUCAGCUCCUACCCAGAGGCCUGGGCUGAAACUGGGGGAAUGGGAAUGGCAAUACGCCAAGCCCCCAUAGUGAUCUCACUCAAGACCACUGCAAUACCUAUCAAUAUUAAACAAUACCCCAUGUCCAGGGAAGUUUACCUAGGCAUUAAACCGCAUAUCAAGUGGCUCCUAGAUCAAGGCAUACUGACACCUUGCCGAUCACCCUGGAACACCCCCUUACUCCCAGUCAAAAAGCCAGGGACUCAAGACUAUCGCCCGGUACAAGACUUAAGGAAGAUAAACAAGAGAGUGGAAGACAUCCACCCCACGGUACCCAACACUUAUAACCUCCUCAGUACCUUGCCUCCCACUCAUACCUGGUAUACUGUCCUAGAUUUAAAGGAUGCAUUCUUCUGCUUGAGGUUAAGUCCCCAGAGCCAGGCCCUAUUUGCAUUUGAAUGGAAGGAUCCUGAGGAAGGACUCUCAGGACAAUUGACCUGGACCCGGUUACCACAAGGAUUUAAGAACAGUCCCACACUUUUUGACGAAGCCCUACAUCAGGACUUAGCUGAUUUCCGGGUAAAAAACCCCUCCCUAAUAAUGCUCCAAUACGUAGAUGACAUUCUAGUGGCGGCCCCUACCGAAGAAGAAUGUAUUGAAGGGACCAAAGCAUUACUGCAGGCUCUAGGGCAAUUGGGGUACCAGGCCUCUGCAAAGAAAGCACAAAUCUGUCAGACGAAAGUUACCUACCUCGGAUAUGAGCUUCAUAAUGGUCAAAGAUGGCUCACCGCAGCCCGGAAAGAAACUAUCUCGAGUAUUUCCAUUCCCCAGAAUCCCAAACAACUACGGGAAUUCCUGGGGACAGCAGGUUUUUGUAGACUAUGGAUUCCUGGAUUUGCAGAGAUAGCAGCCCCUCUGUACCUAUUAACAAAGCAGAACAGCCCUUUCGCCUGGACAAAUGAACACCAGAGGGCGUUUGAUCACAUCAAACAGGCCCUCCUAUCUGCCUCUGCCCUGGGUUUACCGGACAUCACUAAGCCUUUUGACCUCUUUGUUGACGAAAAGCAGGGAUAUGCAAAGGGAGUCCUAACCCAGAAAUUGGGGCCAUGGAGACGCCCAAUUGCCUACUUGUCAAAAAAAUUGGACCCUGUGGCAUCAGGAUGGCCUCCCUGCCUCCAGAUGAUAGCAGCAGUAGCAAUCCUAAUUAAGGAUGCUACUAAACUGACUCUGGGACAGCCACUAACCUUGUUAACUCCACAUGCCAUCGAAGCAGUAAUCCGGCAACCUCCUGACCGCUGGAUCUCCAAUGCCCGGCUUACCCACUACCAAUCUUUAUUGCUGGACACGGACCGAAUCCUGUUCGGUCCUUUAGUAACUCUAAACCCAGCCACGCUCCUGCCCCUCCCCGGGGGACCCGUCCCCCACAAUUGCCAACAGAUUCUUGCAGAGACCCAAGGAACCCGACCAGAUCUGUUAGACCAACCUAUGACGGACGCGGAGUUAGUCUGGUUCACUGACGGGAGUUGCUAUUUGCUAAACGGGGAACGACGAGCAGGAGCAGCCAUCACCACUGAAUCAGAGGUAAUCUGGGAGAGCGCGUUACCGGGAGGAACAUCAGCCCAGCGAGCAGAGCUGAUAGCUCUGAUGCAGGCCUUAAAACUGGCUGAGGGGAAGAAACUCAAUGUAUACACAGACAGUCGGUAUGCCUUUGCUACCGCCCAUAUCCAUGGAGAAAUAUAUCGGCGGCGAGGGUUAUUAACCUCAGAGGGAAGAGAGAUCAAGAAUAAGACUGAAAUCUUAGCCUUAUUAAAGGCCCUCUUUCUGCCAAAGAGACUAAGUAUAAUACAUUGCCCUGGCCACCAAAAGGGAGACCAUCUAGAGGCAAAAGGAAACAGACUGGCAGACGAAACUGCUAGGAAUGCAGCUUUAGGCCCACAACUCCUAGUGACUACCCUAUUGCCACAAAAGGUUAAAAAGCCACCCGAGGGCUUCGAGGAACGAUGGGUCUAUGAGGACCCAGAUUUGGACAUUGUGCAACAUCUAGAGGCCACCUAUAACCCAGCUGAAGGCACAUGGGAAUACCAGGGAAAAACUGUAAUGCCUAUCAAACAGACCAAAGAACUAAUAAGAUCCUUGCACAGACUUACUCAUUUGGGAGCUAAAAAGAUGAGAAACCUCUUAGAUCGUGGAGAAGGAAAUCUAUACCUGCCCCACAGAGACUCAAUCAUCAGGCAAGUUGUGAGAAAUUGUCAAGCUUGUGCUCAGGUUAACGCAGGUAAAAUAAAAUUUGGGAUUGGGACCCAGACCAGAGGGCACAAGCCUGGAACCAGUUGGGAAGUCGACUUUACAGAAAUCAAACCGGUGUAUGGAUACAGGUAUCUUUUAGUUUUUGUGGACACUUUUUCAGGAUGGGUAGAAGCAUAUCCCACUUGGCAUGAGACUGCUAAAGUCGUAGCAAAGAAGCUACUGGAAGAAAUCUUUCCAAGGUAUGGUGUACCUGGGGCUAUUGGUUCAGAAAACGGGCCUGCCUUCACCUCCCAGGUAAGUCAGUUAGUGGCCAGUACAUUGGGGAUUAAUUGGAAAUUACAUUGUGCUUACCGACCCCAAAGCUCAGGGCAGGUAGAAAGAAUGAAUAGAACUAUCAAGGAGACUUUAACUAAAUUAACGCUUGAAACUGGCACUAGAGACUGGGUGCAACUCCUGCCAUUAGCUUUGUACAGGGCCAGGAACACCCCUGGCCCUCAAGGACUAACCCCCUUUGAAAUUCUGUAUGGUGCCCCACCACCUGCUGUCAAUUUCUAUGAAACUGAGAUUUCUGCUCUGUUCAACCCCACCCUGCAGACCCAUGUACGUGCAUUGCAGUUAGUCCAAAAUGAAGUCUGGAAGCCCCUAGCAGCAGCCUAUAAGGAACAACUGGAGAAACCAACAGUGCCACACUCCUUCAAGAUAGGAGACACCGUCUGGGUCCGCAGGCAUCAGAACAAAAACCUUGAACCUCGCUGGAAAGGACCUUACACCGUCUUGCUGACCACCCCUACCACCAUCAAGGUAGACGGCAUUGCAGCUUGGGUCCACGCAUCCCACGCGAAAGCUGCACAUCCACAAGACUCCACCCCUGCACCCCAGGAAUCAACAUGGAGGUUACAACGCACCCAAAACCCACUAAAGAUAAGACUUUCACGCUGUUAAUUAUCUUAGCUUUGUUUCCCAUGAUGUCCUAUGGCAGUCCACAUGUAUCCAGAAAUCUAGUUUGGUUUAUUCACAAUAUUGAAACUGGAAAGAAACUGGUC